UAUGAGAAGAGCUCCUCAUCGCCGCAGGAAAGUGAAUGUUGGGGUCGUGACGACACUUCCCCUUUUUCCUUUGGGAUUUAUUUCUGAAAGUUGUUUUUUUUCUUUUUUCCUCCCAAACAUUUCCGCGUCGAAGCAGAGAGCAGAAAACUUUUUCUCUCUUUACUGGCUGUGAAGUAAAACUCCCAACAUGUCGCCACCGUCUCGACGACUGCAGACGAAGCCGGUGAUAACCUGCCUGAAGACUUUUCUCAUCUGCUACAGCCUCAUUUUCUGGUUCACAGGUGUGGUGCUGCUGGCCGUUGGCGUGUGGGGUAAGGUCAGCCUUGAGGCAUAUCUGUCCCUGGCUUCUGAGGGGGGCACCAACGCGCCGUAUGUCCUCAUUGGGACCGGAGCCAUCAUUGUUAUUUUCGGCCUGUUCGGCUGCUUCGCCACGUGCCGCGGUAGCCCGUGGAUGCUCAAACUGUACGCCAUGUUUUUGACCCUGGUGUUCCUGUCUGAGCUUGUGGCUGGAAUUUCAGGCUUCAUCUUCAGGCAUGAGAUUAAGGCAGUAAUGGGAACCGCUUAUGAAAAUGCAGUGAGGUCCUACAAUGGCACAAACAGCUUAAGUGUUGCACUUGAUACCAUCCAGAGAACACUGCGUUGCUGCGGAGUGAAAAAUUACACUGACUGGAAGGAGGCGCCUUACUUUAUUUCCAAGGGAAUCCCUCUAAGCUGCUGUAAAGACAACGGCAAUUGCACUGUGGAGAUCAUGAAAGACCUUGAUAAGGCUGGGAAAGAAGUGUUCACAACAGGUUGCUUCGCACUGGUGACAACUGUGAUGGAAUCUAACCUGGGAGUCAUCGCUGGCAUUUCAUUUGGGAUUGCAUUCUUUCAGGUGUUUGGGAUAUUCCUGGCCUGCUGUUUGUCUCGAUACAUAACCAACAACCAGUAUGAGAUGGUCUAACCGUUUCUGUGAUCAGGUCAAAGACGGCAUACACCUGCAAACCAACUCCGUUAAGAUUUUAUUAGUGUGUGUGUGUGUGUGUGUGUGUUAGUCACUAUCAUUUUAGAGAGGAAAACCUGCUUCUUCUUCUUUUAGUCAGUCUCACCUUUACAAAAAAAAAAAAGAGCUGAAAUGAAAGUGGUCAUGGGGGAAAAAAAGCAAAGAAGGGACCUGGACAUUUCAAGUUUGUUACUCCUUGGAGGAAAUCAUGGCUGUCAUAAUGUUUUUCACUUAUUUUCUCUUGUCUCACAGCUGCCUUGUGUAUUUGUAGAUGUUAAGCUAGUAAAUGUUCAACACCACUCAUGUUUAUGUAAAACGUGGACAAGACGAAGAAGAUGUCACCACCCCGAAAUCAGUCUGAGGUGUAGCAAUGAGCCUCAGUGUGGGCCAGUCCUGCUGAAAGCCUGCAUUCAUUCGUGCCAAUUUCAUUCAGCUAUUAUGACUGUAUUCUGUGUUACUUUGUAUUUUCUUUUGUGAAUGCAUGUGAAAUACUCUUGGAUAAAAUAAAAACCUGUAUCUUUAA